AUGCCGGGGAUAGAGGCUCUUGAUGAGCUUGUGCGCGAGCAGCGCGAUGACGUCCAGUUCCGUGUCGUCGACCCAAACAAGCGCUCGCGGUUCCACGAGCGGGAUCUGAUCAAGCUGGUCCAGAUCGUCACGCGCCGUAAGACCUACAAGACGCCGCAUGGCAAGGGCGAAGAGGGGUGGCAAGCCGUAGCAGACCAGCUCAACGAAGCCGUGACGGCUUCCUUCUCGCUCAGGGCAUGCCGCGACAAGCUCUCAGCGCUGGGCCGACAAACGCUUCAACUUGCGCUUCUUCUUGUCCUUCUCAGCUUGUUGAGUUUCAUCGAAGCGGGUCUUGAGCUCGCAGAGAAGCGACGCAAGGCGAAAGCCCUCGGUCAGGAGCGUUCAACUGCGCCGGAAGCUCCAGAUGAUGAAGAGCAUGCUGUCCAACACGACGCAAGCGAAGCUGAGAGUGCUGCCAGCGAUGAACGCACAGGCCUGCGACGUUUGUUGGGGAGUGAAUACAGCAGUGAUGAAGAAACGAAGCAAGGAGAUAACGAAGAGAGCGACCAGACGGAAGAAGACAACGACGAGGAGGAGAAUGAAUCCGGCCACAAGGUCGGCAGGACGCGCCUUCGAGUGAGCGAAAUAUGGGCGCGGGAAGAAGCGAUGAUGGCCAAAGAUCGAGCGGCCCAAGCUGCUCGAGAUAACGCGCUGACGAAAGCCGUUGAGACGCUGGCUAACACGACGCACUUGCUUCUCCAGCAUUUCGGCGGCGGAAGCGCCAACCGCAGUAGCGCUGCUUAG